GGCCGCCUCUCCGUAUGGCGUCCCAUGGCAGCGGGGACACCUUUUAUAAAAGACUGCAACCCAACGGACUGCUCAUCAUACAUAUUGUAACUAUUGCAAAAUGAAAACUCCAAUAUUGUGGCACAUCCUCCUAUCGGCCUUGUUGGCUCAGGGAUAUGCUUGGAGAUCAGACAAUGAAGAAUGCGCUUUGCCUUUAAAACACUUCAAAUAUAUAUCGCCAGCUGGUUAUGGCGAAAAAUGUAUAACGUAUAAUAAUGUUUCGGAAGCUUUUCGCGAAGCAUGCAGAGGCGUCUUAAACAUAGAACCUGGAACUAACGAUUUGACGGAUAUUCAGUUGGAUAAUUUAGGAGAUGUGAUACAGGAAACAACAAGAAUUUUAUGUGAAUGGUUUGGACUGACAAAAGAUCAAGUGCGAAGUCUGUUACCGAUUAUAAAUACAGAGAACACGGAUAUAGGUGGAUACUGUCCAAAAGAGUUAAAGACGUACCCGGGAAAUGACUGCGGAAAUGGAAUUGAAUUCCGCUCAAUCGACGGAAGGUGUAAUAAUUUUGUUCAUCCACAGUGGGGCGCGGCAAAAUUACCUUUCAAAAGACUUCUUCCACCUGAUUACGGAGAUGGUAUAAAAUCCAUCAGAACAAGUAUAACUGGAUUUCCGUUGCCCAAUCCUAGGUCUGUCUCUGCACGAGUACAUAAGGACGUAGCUAGACCGCAUCGCACUGAUGUUACGUUUUUGUUCGCUGCUUUUGGACAACUAAUCGAUCACGACCUCACACUCACAGCUGAAACCAAAGAUCCAAUCACUAGACAAGAAAUUAAAUGCUGCUCAGGAGCCAAUCAUCCAUACUGUAUACCAGUUAACGUACCAAUCGAUGACCAAUUUUUCGUUGGAAGUCAUCGUCAAAGGUGUAUUGAUAUGAUAAGAUCACUGGCUGGUGUAAACACUGAUUGUCCCUUAGGUCCUCGGGUUCAAACGAAUGCUUUAACAUCGCCUAUCGAUGGCAACUUUAUAUACGGUUCUAACGAGGACUUGGCCAAAAAACUUCGAUCCUUCGAGAAUGGCAAAUUAACUUUGGUUCCAAUCUUACCGGGUCACAGGCUUAAGCCAAUACUGCCUCCAAAGAAACACCAACCGGACGAUGGAUGCAUUAGACCCCAUCCGGAUCUAUUUUGCUUCUUAGCAGGUGACAAUCGAGUGAAUGAGCAAUUAGCUCUUGGUGUACUUCACACUAUUUUCGUUCGAGAACAUAAUAGAAUAGCUGACGAACUCUGUACGAUUAAUCCACAUUGGGACGAUGAACGACUUUACCAGGAAUCGCGGAAAAUUGUCGGUGCAAUGAUUCAACACAUUACUUACAACGAGUUUCUACCAAAGCUUUUGGGUAGCUUUACGAUGAAAAAGUAUGGCCUAGAACUGUCACCGCAAGGAUAUUCGAAUAGCUACGAUCAAGAUACGGAUAUAACGAUACCAGCCGCAUUUGGCGCCGCGGCUUUCCGGUUUGGCCAUUCGUUGUUGCCCGAUGCUAUGGAACGAUGGAGCGCCAGUCACAAGUUCCUGGGUUCUAGGCGAUUCAGUGAAAUUUUCCAGCAACCAUACGAUCUCCACAAGCCCGGUUGGCUGGACCAAUACCUCUUGGGCAUGUUAAACCAAGCGUCACAAGCUAUGGACGACGCGGUCACAUCUCAAGUGACAAAUCACUUAUUCCAAGAACCGGCCAAUGACUACGGCAAAGAUCUGGCAUCAAUCAACAUUCAACGGGCCAGGGAACACGGAAUACCAAGUUAUUCGGCCUGGCGACAAUACUGCAAACUUCCAUCGAUCAAAACAUGGAGUUCCAUGUUAACGGACAUCAGUAACGCUACGGUAAAGGCUUACUACGACUUGUACACAACCCCGGAAGAUGUGGAUCUGUGGUCGGCAGGUGUAUCGGAACGGUCGAACGACGACAGCAUUGUGGGACCGACGUUUGGCUGCAUCAUUGCCAAAACGUUCAGCGAUUUGAAAAAAGGAGACAGGUUUUGGUAUGAAAAUCCCGGUCUCCCAAACUCAUUCACUCUAGAGCAACUGACUGAAAUCAAAAAAGUACGAUUAUCUCGGAUCUUAUGUGAUAACAGUGACAACAUUUUAACGAUUCAACCAUUUGCUAUGGAGUUGCCGUCACAACACAAAAAUAUCAGAGUUUCUUGUAAAGGUCAUAUAUUACCGCAUAUGGAUCUAUGGGCUUGGAAAGAAUAUGCAGGUUGCUGUACUAAAAAGAAGUAUUCACAGACUCCGAACCUAAACAACCUAAAUCCUCAAGUACACAAAGUUCAAGUGAAUGAAUGGAAUAACGAAGAUUAUAAUCUGCAUAAGUUAAUCCAAGCAAUUGCUGUUAACAUAUCGUCAUCAAAACCAAACAAUUGGAGAUAAAACAAAAAUAUUGUCAUCACUAAUUUAUUAUUUAUACAUAUACUUAUUAUCGAU